CGUGGCUCGCUUUGGAGAAAUCUGUCCGAUGAAGAGCUGGCAUCACCAUCUGCUGCGGAAAGACCACCUAUCCCGAGCGCUUUAGCACCUUCGGGAGAGACAAUGAGCUCCCCCUUGCCUGCCUUACCUAUGGCUGUUCUUUCAAUUGUCAUGCUAGGAGAAUUCUUAACAGCCAAUGUAGCUACCCCUUUCUUGCUGUUCAUGGUCGAAGGAUUCGGUGUCUUCAAGGAAGAAGCAGAUGUUGGUUAUUGGACUGGAAUACUUGUGUCGUGUUUCUUCAUAACACAGUUCUUGACUUCCUUGCUUUGGGCCACAGCGGCAGAGAAGCACGGAACAAGAGCCGUGCUCUUCGUAUCUCUACUUGGGAGCUCUCUAACGUGUUUCGCUUUUGGGACGUCAACAUCACUACCUCAGGCUAUGACCAUCCGACUCCUCCAAGGCGUAUUCGCUGGAGCUAUCGGAGUUGGACGAGGAAACAUAGCAACUAUCACUGAUCCUAGUAAUGAAGGUCGUGCAUACGCCAUUCUCGGUUUCGCUUGGGGGUUUGGAGGUGUAGCGGGCGCAAUUGUAGGCGGUAGCUUUGAGAACCCGGCAAAGAAGUGGCCAGGCAUGUUUGCAGACGUCCCUUUGUUCGUCAAGUAUCCGUACCUUUUGCCCACGGCUAUUGCAGCAUCAAUAACAUUCAUUGGCGCGAUACUAAGUCUUUUUCUUGCUCCUGACGGAGGUCCCCGGGAGGGUGCUAUUCGCCUUCCACCAGAAAAGGUUACAGCGCACGAGACUAUCCCAGAGGAGCCUUCCACACCUGUGGAAGAAUCUGCGGGUGCAGCAAAGUCGUUGAAGCAGCGCUUAUCGAAUAAGCUGUCUGGUUACUUCGCUAAGCGCGUCCGGGAUGCACACGAAGUGUCUUCUCUGACGGAGGACAACAACAACACGCCAGUGCCGUUAUCUCCGUCAUUCAGACGUGGCAGUAACAAUCGCUUUCGUACUCAGUCACGGACUUCGCGCACGGAUGGUUCUGCAUAUGGAUACGGUGCUGGGUACAGAAAUAGACUGGCCAGUAACGUGAGCCAAAGUUUAGCGGGACGUCGGGGGAGUUUAGCAAGUACUAUUGCUCGUCGACGUCAGAGCAACGCUAUUGCUGGAGGGGCUUCAGGAAAUGAGCAAGUACAGGAAGGCGGAGAACUCAACUUUGCUCAACGCCUUUUGAUGGCUAACGAGCUCGCGGUGACGAAUAUUGCCGAUCUCUGGGUGGCUGCUGCUAUCAACGCGGACAAUGAAGAUGUGUUCCUGUCCGAUUCUGAGGUCAAUGAUGAGGACGACGAUCCAUUCCAAGACGACGAUGAUGAUGAAGAAGCACAGCCCCCUACUCUUGCGGCACGUUCUUCUUUGAAUGUGCCCGCUCCGCGGACGCUUGGGCCUUCUUCACCUGGCCGAACGGGUCGAAUGUCAACCAUUCAUCGACCUUCUGAUGCUAGUGUCCUUCGUCUCGGUUCCCCUCGCCGUCCUUCGCAUCGACAGUCUGUCGGCCAAGUUAUCGGUGCUUCAGCUGGAUCACCUAGGAAGGUAUCUGGUUCUGUGCCCGCCAUUUUCUCCCAUACGGGUGUACGCACUCCUUCAAUGCUUGAACAUCAAGCCCCUCCGCCGCAACCCUUGCUUCCUCGUGAAUCCGGUGAUGUGGAAGCGGGUCUUGGUGAUAGUCUCGUACCAAUUUUGGAAGGCGAACGACAGACAACUUUUGCUCGACCCGACCAGCCAACCACCGACGAACCGCUAAACGUGAUAACCGAGAAACAGCCAUCUAUUCUUUCUCAGUUGCCAGCUAUGAUAAUAUUCCAAUAUGGUCUGCUGGCGCUCCAUUCGACCACACACGACCAGGUCUUCUUAUCGUACUUAGUAUCAAAAUAUCCUGCAGGUGGUCUGAACUUAAAUGCGGGUCAUUUUGCUCAGCUCAUUGCAUUAAUGAGCCUCGCAUCUAUCGCAUAUCAGUUCUAUCUCUAUCCGAACAUGGGUCCGCCUCGUGGCCGAUUCUCUCAUCUCGCAAUGUUCCGGAUUGGUUCACUCCUUUACAUUCCAGCGUAUCUCACGGUUAUCCUAUAUCGACCCUUGGCAAGUGCUGAAGACGACGGAAACUUCUUCCUUAUGGCUGCUUUGGUAUUUAGCACUGCAUUGCGUUAUGCCGGGAUAACGUUCACGUAUACGGCGGUGGCAAUACUAUUGAACUAUAUGUCUCCGCCACAUAUCCUGGGCUACGCAAACGGUGUUGCGCAGAGCAUCGUUAGUUUUGCCCGAUUCUUGGGUCCUGUUCUCGGUGGAUAUCUGUGGUCCGUAAGUGUUGACGGGAACCCUUCUGGGUAUCCCUUCGGUUUUAUAGUCUGCGCUGGUGUCACCGCGGUUGCCAUUGCCCUCAGCUUCUUUAUACGCUAGUUUGAAUUGCCUGCAUUUUCUUUACCUCAACCC